AUGACUGACUCAUCUUACAGCACAUUAGAAAGCACCAGCGACUCUUUUGUUCAAAUUAAUGAGGAGGAUGUGGCUCUAGAUCUGCCUGCAGCCGACCUUCAGGUUUCUAGGUACGAGCUACACAGCGCUAGAGAGGAAUGGACUAUCGGAGCAGACUCAGAAUUUAACCUACAACUCUAUGCAGCAGGCCGCACGGCAACAAUUGGGAUUUUGGGCCCCAACCAAAGUGGAAAGACAACACUAGCUAGUUACCUUUCACAGAGGAUCGCCUCUUCUGUCAACGCUUCUAUGAGCAAGACGGUCAACCAAGGGCUUAAACGGACUGUGUUUGUCGAGGCCUGGCGGAGCUAUUGCAAGGUGUCUCGAAAUAAUGCAUCACCAACGUAUAUUGUCUUUUUCCUAGACACCCCAGGACAUCCACAGCAGCUACCAGAGAGCAUUUCCAUUUGCUCUCGCCUAAGAACUGUCAUUCUAUUGGUCAAUCUCUGCGCUGGGCUUCAACCUGACCAUAAUAUGUACUUAAGUGCACUUGAAGAUAGAUUAACGACAGUGCAUGACAGCGUUCAUACUUGGUCAUCACCCACAUGCAUUUUGGCAUUUAGUAAUAUAGACAAAUUCUGUUAUGCAGAAGUCACUCGAAUACGUAAGAAGGGGGCUAACCAGUGCUGUUUAAUACAGUAUGUUGCACUACAUCUUCGUCUUCAAAUAGAGGCUCUUGAGGACGCCCUUUGCAGAGACUAUCCUUGGCUCAAAGACUCCAUGGGCCAUCAGACUCUUUUGUGCUACUACAAUUGUUUGAAGGCAUAUUGUCUGGCAAGCGUUCAGAGAUCACCUAAUGAUAGACUAGACUCGCCUGCAACAUUUGAGCGCAUUGUCAGCUCUCUCUUAAAUGGUACCGAAUUUACUCCAAGAGAUCUAAUAGCGUGCAUUCCUAAAUACAUGUCUGCCAAACUACCAAUCACUGUUACUUCAGAAAAUCUUCGGCACCUUUUUUUAUGUUGCUGUCCAUACAAGUUAUGUGCACCUUGGUCUGCUUAUAUCUUCUAUGCACCGUCAGCACUAGUAGGCAGUGAGAGCCAAUGGAGCGAGCUCCUAGGAGUAGGUGCCCUCGGGCCGCUGAUAGAAGAGUCUGAUGGAUCCUUAAAAAGACUCUCUAUUAUCCCUGCCGAUACUAUAUUCAUGAUUCUGAUUUCACCGCAGCACAGAGGUGAUACGGUUGAUUGGAUCAAGUCCCUUAAGCAGAAGUCUACCUUCUAUCCAUACGUGACACACAGCCAGGUUCCAGCCCCUCUGGUUCCAGAUGCUCUGCAAUUAUCUAUAUAUUUUUCUGGACUUAGCCUCCAACCUACACACCAAGCCAACGUCUUAGAAGUAAGAACAAGAGGAGAGUACACGUUAAACCUCUUCCUGUCAAUUCUCUACUUGGUGGCGCAGAAUUUCUUGGCCCAAAAGCUUCUGAAACAAGAGGAGUCCACUAUCCAGACUCUCCCACUGCUUCCAGUACUAAGUAAGCGCGUUUCACAUACAUCACAAAACCCCACUCAACUAAAAGUGUAUCUUGAUGAACUCCGUGGUAUACUUAGCUUUACUAUUUCUGUAAUACUACGUGAAUCUCCACCACCCAAAGUCUGGGGCUACGUGACUGGGCCACAAAAGCGCAAUGAGCUACUUGCCACAUUGAAUCCUCAAACUUCCGUGUAUGAUCAAAUCGCAACGUUGUACGCAAAUGACUUCUAUAGUAUCGUUGAUGGAACAAUGCGCUGUGACAUUGUUAAUUCAGGCGAAGGAUCAAUAGCAUUGAGCAGCCAGCUGACGCACCCAAGCACUUUAGUUGAUGCCUUGAAAGAGGCCAUUUCCAAAGAAGCUGAGAACAGCUCAAUAUCGUUUUACAAUCUGCAGAUAGUUGUACUAGAUUAUAAGUGUUACCAGAAGUCCCACUACCUCCGCUUUCAUGCCAACACUCUACUCACGAAUGCUAUAGGAAGCAGCAAGCUUCAUUACAUGGAGCCUCUCCUCUACGCCCAGGUGUUUAUUAGCACAGGACUCUACCACACUAAAAAGGAGCAGAGCUUUCUAAGCAGCGCCCUGGAAAAGCUCAAGGAUCUCCUCUGUUCAAGGCGCUGCAUCUUCAAAACUGACCCGUGGAUCCAGAUGGCUUGCCCUAUCUUUUCGCUUGCAGUAGCAGUCUUUUAUAUACCUGCAGGCUCUGCCCUAGGCCUUGAAUCGGCCAUUGAGCAGAUACUCAGGUGCACAAGCGUAAACGCAUAUCACAGCAAACAGAUCUACUUCGUACAGACAGUGGACGCCGUUCUAGACCCACGUGACCUGAAGGGCACGGUAGAUGCAAUGAAAAGCAGAUCUGACGCAUUCAAAUAUUCAUUAUGGCCUGCAGCAAUUGGAAGAUUGCCUUGGGCUUGA